GUGCUGCGCGCCCCGAUGGGUCUGUGCUACAGUCUGCGGCCGCUGCUCUUCGGGGACUCCGCGGACGGCCCCUGCGCGGCCUCCGAGACGCCGGUGGAGGAUGCUCAGCCCGGCGCGGCCCGGGCCCCGGCGGCCCCCGCGGCCCCCGCCGCCCGGCCCCGGCUCUUGGCGGGCGGCGGGCAGAUAGUGGCGUGCGCGCGGCCCCGGGCCGAGCCGGCGGGCGAGGGGCGGCGGCGCCCGGAGCUGCUGCGCGCCGAGGAGCGCGAGGCGGCCAAGGAGGCGCGCAAAGUGAGCCGGGGCAUCGACCGCAUGCUGCGCGAGCAGAAGCGCGACCUGCAGCUGACGCACCGGCUCCUGCUGCUCGGGGCUGGAGAGUCUGGGAAAAGCACUAUUGUCAAACAAAUGAGGAUCCUGCACGUCAACGGAUUCAACCCUGAGGAAAAGAAGCAAAAAAUUCUGGACAUCAGGAAAAAUGUCAAAGAUGCUAUUGUGACAAUUGUCUCAGCGAUGAGCACAAUCAUACCCCCAGUCCCACUGGCCAACCCUGAAAACCAGUUUCGAUCAGAUUACAUCAAGAGCAUAGCCCCUAUCACUGACUUUGAAUAUUCCCAGGAGUUCUUUGAUCAUGUGAAGAAGCUUUGGGACGACGAGGGGGUGAAGGCAUGCUUUGAGAGAUCCAAUGAGUACCAGCUCAUCGACUGCGCGCAAUACUUCCUGGAAAGAAUCGACAGUGUCAGUCUGGUUGACUACACGCCUACGGACCAGGACCUCCUCAGGUGCCGAGUACUGACAUCAGGAAUCUUUGAGACGCGGUUCCAAGUAGAUAAAGUGAACUUCCACAUGUUUGAUGUUGGCGGCCAGAGGGAUGAGAGAAGAAAAUGGAUCCAGUGCUUUAAUGAUGUCACUGCCAUCAUUUACGUCGCGGCCUGCAGUAGCUACAACAUGGUGAUCCGGGAAGAUAACAACACCAACAGGCUGAGAGAAUCACUGGACCUUUUCGAAAGCAUCUGGAACAACAGGUGGCUACGGACCAUUUCUAUCAUCUUGUUCUUGAACAAACAGGACAUGCUGGCAGAAAAAGUCUUGGCGGGGAAAUCAAAAAUCGAAGACUAUUUCCCAGAGUAUGCAAAUUAUACUGUUCCCGAAGAUGCAACACCAGAUGCAGGAGAGGAUCCCAAAGUUACCAGAGCCAAGUUCUUUAUCCGAGAUCUGUUUUUGAGGAUCAGCACAGCCACUGGCGACGGCAAACACUACUGUUACCCUCACUUCACCUGCGCCGUGGACACGGAGAACAUCCGCAGGGUGUUCAACGACUGCCGCGACAUCAUCCAGAGGAUGCAUCUCAAACAGUACGAACUCUUGUGAGGGCCGUCGGUCCCUCCUCCUCGCCACCUGCCUCUUCUCCCUCCCGGCCAUCCCAUGAGGCAGAGCAUCCCUGGCGUGCGUGUUUGUCCACCCCAAGCCAUGGUAGGACAUAGUGUCUGGUGUCAUCAGGCUACCAUCUGUCCUGUCCUAGGUAUGCCUAUGUAACCACCAAGCUCUGGCUACCUCUGUCCCCCGCCUCCCCCCCCCCCAGGUUUGGUUCUGUAGUUCUUAUUUUCACGGAACACAACAGCCUCCCAACCCCACCAAUCUGUAUCACUGCAAAGCCACCAACACUCACUUGGGUGACACUGCAGUCAAAUCUGCCUAGGUGGGGACCCAUUUUCUAUUUUUAAUCGGUGAUUAAUUGAUUGAUUGGUUCGUCAAAGAUGACUUGGUAAAUUUGGGGAAAUGCUUCGUUUCAAGUUAUCAAGCAUGUGCAGACUGAACAUAUGGUCACAGGGUCACACACUGUGGCCUUUUGGUUUUCCCUUUAUGAAACUACAGGAUGACAGGUGGCUGCCCCUUCUAACCUGAAUUGGCCCAAAGCUUAGAGUAGAUAGAUCCCAAAGCAGCAACUGAGCAAGAGGAAUCCAUUUCUUCAGCCGCGCCUACAGUGGCUGUAAGCCUCAGGCAUUUGGAUUAGAACCCUCCUUGGAGCCUUUUCCAUUUAGGCAGAACACCUGUCCCAUUCACCACUGCAAAAUGUGUCCUGUGUGCGAACGACCCUCCAUCCCUCUUGCUUGUGAUACCUGGGUGUACAGAGUCUUCUCUCGCCUUCUUUCUGUUGUUGGUUUAUUAGACCUGGACACACCACAAAAUGCAAUCUCCUUUUGUAUGACUACUAACGAAAACUCUUAAGAGUUCUGUGCCUUGGUUGUGGCCAUACCUGUGUGGAAAUGCGUUCUGACUGGGAAGCUUGCCUUCCACACGGCAUGCUGCUUACUCCAAAAUAGGGAGAUCAGCUGUACUUGUUCAAUUUUCAUCAGGUUGGUACUUUAUGGAAAACUCCUUGAUUUUAGAAUCAUCCAUACUUGACCAGCAGUGUCAUCCCAAUACCACAGCGGUGGCAGCCAUGGGCUUUUGCUACCCUGACCUGCAGCUGCACACACAGGGACAACUCAGUUCCAAGGCACAAACUGCAAUCUAUUCUUUCAGGGAGCCAGGGUUGGCAUUUUUUUUUUCUCCUCCCCAGGCAAAAUGUUUACUGCUCAUCUGCUCAUUAAAAAGGCUCCUUCGGAUUCUGUAGGCAGGAGCAGGCCAACCAUCCCUGAGUCGAGGCUCUGGAAACAAGUUCCUUCAUACAGAAACACACACUGCAAAGUCGUGUCAAUGCUUGUGACUGGCCAAGGACAGUAAGGAUGGCAUCUCUGUUAGUCUUUCGAAGGUGAAAUAUUACAAAACCUAUUUACUUUCUUACUUAUUUAUUGCAAGGCUACCAAUGAGCCCAGGGCCUUGUGCGUGCUAGGCAAACACACUACUGCUAAGCCACACCCCCAGCCCCACAAAGCCUUUAUCUGAAAUAUAAAGACAAAAAAAAAAAAAAAAAAAUCUAUGCCUAAUUUCCCACAUGUGCAAGAUUUACACAU